GAAGGAACAUAGUUCCCAGUGUUUGUGUCCUUUACAGCCCGGGCCGACACGACACGCUCCCCGGGCAUGGUGUGUGGCGUCCCUUAUCGCAGCGAUAAGUGGAUUUCUGACAUGUCGGUGACGGGUGGCUCCCUGUGAGAUGACGGUCCUGCUGUAUUUCAUAUCACGCGGUGGAACAACGGGGACGACAUGAUCUCAUGGAGUUCACAUGCGUUAUCUGGCGUGGCGAGGGCUUGUGGGUCUGGAGUGGGUGCCAUGAGAUGACUUGGCGCUUGACAGUUAGGAAGGACGGACAUAAGCGAGGAGAGUGUCUUCUGCAUUUGGUCCAAUCGAAUGUGAACAAAGAAGGUUUUCUUGGUGUUAAAGGGGUAAAGGGGUCAGUCGCUGGCGCUGCUCCUGAGGAAAACGUCAAACUUUUUCGGGCUGGUGGAUGAUAUUUCUGGACGUGGCUGAAGUUGACCCUGAUUCUCGUGCCUCAGAAACAUGGAUACCUACCCAGUCCUUCCAAAGCGCCUCCCCCAUCCCUGUCCCCCACCCCUGUCGCUCUUGCGUGUAAGCGCCGGCAGCCUUUAAUGUCUACCAAAUUAUCUUUGCGCAGGAGCCAGAAGCCUAAAGCUGUGUAACUUAGUUUCCGGAUAGGAAUACCAUCACUCUGCAUUCCCUGGCUGGAUAGUGUGACACACAUUGGGCCUCUGUAUCCUCUCUUCCACCCGCUUCUAUCCCUCCGAAUGCCAAGAUGGUCGCCCUGCUCCCUCCCACAGGCACCGAAGUGUUUCGCCGCUUCACCCUUGAGUCGCUGGCGGAGAUCGAGAGGCGGAUGGCCGAGGAAGCAGAGGAGCAGGAGAGAAAAAAGGCCCUGAACAUUGAGGUGGCAGAGGAGGACCUGCCAAAGCCAGCCGUCGACCUGGAGGCCGGCAAGGCCCUGCCAUUCAUCUACGGAGACCCGCCACCUGAGCUGUUCAACACGCCCCUGGAGGAACUGGAUCCUUUCUACAAAUCACACAAAACCUUUAUUGUCAUCACCAAAGGGAAUACAAUAUUCAGGUUCAAUGCUGAGCCUGCCUGCUAUAUUCUAACACCCUUCAGUAUUCUCAGGAGAGGAUCCAUCAAAAUUCUCAUACAUUCAUUAUUUAGCAUGUUCAUCAUGUUAACGAUCAUGUCCAACUGUGUGUUCAUGACGAUGAGUGACCCUCCGGCAUGGAGUAAAACUGUUGAAUAUGUUUUCACUGGUAUCUAUACCGUUGAGGCAACAGUUAAAGUGUUUUCCAGAGGCUUCUGUGUUGGAGAUUUCACAUUCCUUCGAGAUCCAUGGAACUGGUUGGAUUUUAUGGUGAUCAGCAUGGCGUACCUCACAGAGUUCGUUGACCUGGGCAACGUGUCUGCCCUCAGGACGUUCCGUGUGCUCCGAGCCCUAAAAACAAUCACUGUAAUUCCCGGUCUGAAAACCAUUGUGGGCGCUUUGAUCCAGUCGGUGAAGAAGCUGGCUGAUGUGAUGAUCCUGACAGUGUUCUGCCUGGCUGUGUUCGCUCUGGUCGGCCUUCAACUGUUCAUGGGAAACCUGAAGCAGAAGUGUGUUUACUGGCCCCCUGUGGAAUGGCGUUUGAACUCUACCGACAUGGACAACAUCACUAUGGCCUUCAACGACACCGAUGGUUUUAAUGACGUCACGGGCUACAGUGGCACAAACAGCAGCAACAGCACGUGGGACUUCAAGGCGUACAUCGACGAUAAAGUGAACCAUUACUUCCUUCCUGGAAUGUUAGACCCUCUUCUUUGUGGAAACGCUUCUGAUGCUGGAAAUUGCCCUGAAGGAUACACGUGUAUGAAGGCCGGAGGGAAUCCCAACUAUGGAUACACAAGCUACGACAGUUUUGGAUGGGCCUACCUUGCCCUAUUUCGGCUUAUGACACAGGACUUCUGGGAAAAUCUAUUCCAGCUGACUCUUCGCUCAGCAGGGAAAACCUAUAUGAUUUUCUUUGUGGUGGUGAUCUUCCUGGGCUCGUUCUACCUGAUCAACCUGAUCCUGGCUGUGGUGGCCAUGGCGUAUGCGGAGCAGAACGAGGCCACCAUGGCCGAGGCCAAGGAGAAGGAGGAGGAGUACGCCAUGAUCAUGGUGCAGCUGAAGGAAAGGAGAGAAGCGGAGGUCAAAGAGAGACAUGACAGGCAUCAUGAACACCAUGAACACGCUGAAGUUGCUGGCAGUCAGACGUCACUGUCCAGUAGAACGUCUAAGAAAGAGAAAGGUGAAAUGGCAGAUCAAGAGGUCGCUGAUGAUGAGGCGUGUACGUCCUCCAGCCUUUAUAGCGAGGCUAUAAAGGACUCCAACGGAGGCCUCGUGAUCAGUCCCAACGCCAACAAGGUCCUGGCAGACCAGGAGUCUGCUGUUGUGUUGAAGAGGGCCAGUGAUCCCAAGGGGAGCGAGGACCAGCUGGAAGUAGUAGGCCUGCAGAGGAAGACACCCAGUUCAUCCAGUGUUUACAGCCAAGAUGCCAUGGACGAUUUGGAGGAGGAACUGAGACCUUGUCCGCCUUGCUGGUACAAGUGUUCAGACAUAUUCCUGAAAUGGAACUGCUGUGUGCCCUGGGUGACUUUCAAGAAGUGGAUGUACUUCAUAGUGAUGGACCCAUUCGUGGACUUGGGUAUCACCAUCUGCAUUGUGCUCAACACCAUGUUCAUGGCCAUGGAGCACUACCCCAUGACACCAGCGUUUGAAGAAGUGCUGAGUGUGGGGAACUUGGUCUUCACAGGAAUCUUCACAGCAGAGAUGGUGCUGAAGCUCUUCGCCAUGGAUCCGUACUACUACUUCCAGGUCGGGUGGAACAUCUUCGACAGCAUCAUUGUGACAAUGAGCCUGGUGGAGCUGGGGCUGGCCAACGUCGAGGGUCUGUCCGUGCUCCGUUCCUUCCGUCUGAUGCGUGUUUUCAAGCUGGCCAAAUCCUGGCCCACACUCAACAUGCUAAUCAAGAUCAUCGGUAAUUCAGUGGGCGCACUGGGUAACCUCACCCUGGUCCUGGCCAUCAUCGUCUUCAUCUUCGCCGUGGUGGGCAUGCAGCUCUUCGGCAAGAACUACAAAGAGUGUGUCUGCAAGAUCUCCUUGGACUGCGAGCUGCCCCGCUGGCACAUGCAUGACUUCUUUCACGCUUUUCUCAUCAUCUUCCGGGUGCUGUGCGGAGAGUGGAUCGAGACCAUGUGGGAGUGCAUGGAGGUGGCCGGACAGGGCAUGUGUCUCGUCGUCUUCAUGAUGGUCAUGGUCAUCGGUAACCUAGUGGUGUUGAACCUCUUCUUGGCCUUGCUGCUGAGCUCGUUCAGCGGUGACAACCUGGCGGCUCCAGAGGAGGACGGGGAGAUGAACAACCUGCAGAUCGCCACCAGCAGGAUCACCAGGGGCAUCGACUGGGCCAAGGCCUACGUCAUCGAGCAGGUCUGGAUCAUCAUCGGGAAGCAGCCUAAGGAGGAUGGAGACGGGGCUGACGGUAAUGGGGGUAGUAACGGGGAUGUGGACGGCCUCCCAAAGGAUAGCUUGGCUUUGAAAAAUGUAAACUCCAGUGACAACCCAAAAGCUGAUUUAGAGCUUAAAAUGCUGGACGUUUGGAUAGACGACGUUAACCCAAGUGGAUUUCUUACAAAUUACAAUUUGACCCUGGAUGUGCCUAUUGCCAAAAUGGAGUCGGAUGAUGACGAGGAUGACUGCUCUGAAGAGGAAGAAGGAGAAGGCGCAAAUGGAAACGCUAAAGAGGAUACUGAGUUAAAGAAACCUAUUGCACCGGACAACGCCUCUUCAAUAUGCAGCACAGUGGACAAUCCCCCUGAAGUGGAGGAAGAGGAGGAAGAAGAGGCAGACCCCACCAGCCCUGAGAACUGCUGGACCGAGAAAUGCAUUGGGCGAUGCCCUUGCCUUGAUUUUGACAUCACCACGGGCAAAGGGAAGACUUGGUGGAACUUCAGGAAGACAUGCUUCCUCAUUGUGGAGCACAACUACUUCGAGACCUUCAUCAUCUUCAUGAUCCUGAUGAGUAGUGGAGCUUUGGCUUUUGAAGACAUAUACAUUGAACAGCGCAGGACCAUAAAAAUCAUCCUGGAAUAUGCUGAUCAAGUCUUCACCUACGUGUUCAUUAUUGAGAUGCUCCUGAAGUGGGUGGCUUACGGAUUCCAGGCCUACUUCACAAACGCAUGGUGCUGGCUGGACUUCCUCAUUGUGGAUGUGUCUUUGAUUAGCUUAACGGCUAACAUCCUGGGCUAUGCUGAACUUGGACCAAUCAAAUCUCUUCGAACUUUAAGGGCUUUGCGGCCCCUCCGCGCCCUGUCCAGAUUUGAGGGAAUGAGGGUGGUGGUGAACGCUCUGGUGGGGGCCAUUCCUUCCAUCUUCAACGUGCUUCUAGUGUGCCUCAUCUUCUGGCUCAUCUUCAGCAUCAUGGGAGUCAACCUGUUUGCUGGGAAGUACUACUACUGCUUCAACACCACGUCUGAGGAGAGGUUCUCUGCUGACGUUGUGAACAACAAGACCGAAUGCUUCCAGCUAAUGGAGGGUAAUGACGACGUGCGCUGGAUGAACGCAAAGGUCAACUAUGACAACGUGGGCAUGGGCUACCUCUCCCUCCUGCAAAUAGCAACGUUUAAAGGAUGGAUGGAUAUAAUGUAUGGCGCUGUGGAUUCACGUUCUGUGGAAGACCAGCCCAUAUAUGAGGAUAAUGUUUACAUGUACAUCUACUUUGUCAUAUUCAUCAUCUUUGGGUCCUUCUUCACCCUGAAUCUCUUCAUCGGUGUCAUUAUCGACAACUUCAACCAACAGAAAAAGAAGUUUGGAGGGAAAGACAUUUUCAUGACAGAGGAACAGAAGAAAUACUACAAUGCCAUGAAAAAGCUUGGUUCCAAGAAGCCACAGAAACCCAUUCCCAGACCCCAGAACAAAUUCGCAGGCCUUAUUUUCGACCUGAUCACCCAACAAUUCUUCGACAUCUUCAUCAUGGUGCUGAUCUGCCUCAACAUGGUAACGAUGAUGGUGGAGACGGACGGCCAGAGCAGGGAGAAGGAGGAUAUACUCUUCCUCAUCAACCUGGUGUUUAUCAUCGUCUUCACCACAGAGUGUAUCCUCAAGUUGAUCGGACUGCGGCAAUAUUUCUUUUCCGUCGGCUGGAAUAUUUUUGAUUUUGUCGUAGUCAUUCUCUCCAUCGUUGGUUUACUGCUGGCGGACCUCAUAGAGAAGUAUUUUGUCUCACCUACCCUUUUCCGUGUCAUAAGACUGGCCAGGAUUGGUCGAGUUCUGAGACUCAUCCGAGGAGCUAAAGGCAUCCGGACACUGUUGUUUGCCCUGAUGAUGUCACUUCCUGCUCUCUUCAACAUUGGGCUCCUGCUCUUCCUCAUCAUGUUUAUCUUCUCCAUUUUCGGAAUGUCCAACUUUGCGUAUGUCAAGAAGGAGGCCGGAAUAGACGAUAUGUUCAAUUUUGAAACUUUUGGCAACAGUAUAAUUUGUCUGUUCAUGAUCACAACCUCAGCCGGUUGGGAUGGUCUCCUCUCACCCAUUCUGAAUAGUAGACCUCCGGACUGUGACCCGGACGUGGAAAAUCCCGGCACAGAUGUAAGAGGCAACUGCGGCAGCCCUGGUUUGGGAAUUUGUUUUUUCUGCAGCUACAUCAUCAUGUGUUUCCUUGUUGUGGUCAACAUGUACAUUGCCAUUAUUCUCGAGAACUUCAAUGUGGCCACAGAGGAGAGUGGCGACCCGCUGUGUGAGGAAGACUUCGAGAUGUUCUACGAGACCUGGGAGAAGUUCGACCCUGACGCGUCACAAUUCAUCACCUAUGACAUUUUGUCGGAGUUCUGUGACACGCUUAAAGACCCGCUCAGGAUCCCCAAACCCAACGCAAUCAAGCUGAUCACCAUGGACCUUCCCAUUGUCCCUGGGGAUAAGAUCCACUGUCUGGACAUUCUGCUGGCGCUGACCACAGAGGUGCUGGGAGAGUCAGCGGAGAUGGAUGCCAUGAAAGAAAGCAUGGAGGAGAAGUUCAUGGCCAACAACCCCUCUAAAGUGUCAUACGAGCCAAUCACCACCACCCUGAGGCGAAAGCAGGAGGAGGUAGCAGCUGUUGUUAUUCAGAGAGCCUAUCGUAAGCAUCUGCUGAGACGUUCGAUGAAACUCGCUUCCUACAAGUACCGCGAGAAGAAAGCGUUAACCAAGGAGGACGAAGCGCCGCCAGAGACGGAGGGAAUGAUUGCCAUCAGGAUGAACAAACUGUAUGGAAGCCAACAAUCCCUCGGAGUGGAUGACACCGUUGUAGAUAUGGAUUCUCAUGAAAAACGGGAGAGCAACGAACUGACAGAGACACAACCUCCUGUGGAGACCGCUGAAGAGCCGCCGCCUGUGGAGCUUCAGAACGAGAUCCUCUUGCACUCUGCCCCCUUUGUCAUCCCUGUCUCAAUCCGUAACUCACAGCUGAAAGAGUCCGAUGUUUGAAUAACUAGUGCAACCAAUGGAUAAACACCGCAUCAUCACGGUCUUCUGUCUUUGACGAUGAGACUGCUUGUUCGUCUCCAAAGUCCAACUUUGGUAUGUUUGGCUUGGGUCAGAGACAAGGUUGUCGCUAACUAAGACUGAGGGACACAUUGAGCCCAGCCCACUGAAUCAAAGAGAUGAUGAUAUAACGAAUAUAGCAGUCAAUUUAAUUGAUGUUGAUGAUGAUAACCUGGAAUGUAUUGACUGAGAAAUCCUAGCUAUUGUUGGCAAGACAAUCACCAAAGCCUGAGCUGAAAGUUUUGGGCCCAUUUAUGGAUGUAAGCCCAGUUGUGGUAACAGACCCCUUGUAAUAUAUAGUUCAGAAUUAAAUAACCUAAGAGAUAGGUAGCAAUGUGUAAGAUAAUAAUAAGUCAAUAAAACUCCAUCUCACAAAAAUAUACCUUUCAGUCCCCUGAAAGUAAUUUAAUAAAUAUGUUCCUUUUCGUAUUUUUAUGCCUUUUUUUAUUCAAGAUGUAUUCUUCAAAUCAAAUCUGCACUUGCAGUAUUAAAUUGCAACAAAAAAGGCCAACAAUAUUCUCAGCUGUAUCUUCAAAGUUUAAAUAUGACUCCAAAAACAAGAUUCUCAAAAAGUAUGAUAGUUUUUUCAUUUGGAAUUAUGACUUUCGGUACAUCUGUCAUUUUAAUCUAAACUUUUAUUACUGCCCUAGCAUUUUCCAAAUACCGGUACAAGAAGGUCAAAUAAAAAUGUCAAAUAUAUUUUUCAGUGAAUACAAUUGUAUUUUGAAAAGUUAUUAUUUGUUUGGUUUGACGUAUUUGGCCAACACUUUUGUGUGUUCAUUUUAAGGUAUUAAAGCAAAUACUCACACUGGGAUGUACAGUAUAUACAAAGUAUUUUAUAAUUUUUUUACCCAAAAUAUAUUUAAUAAUAAAUAUGACCUGUGCCUUUAACAUAUGAAAUGAGAAAAAACUUUAAUGAAGGAACAGGUUUAGAAAAAAGAUGGAGAAAUUAUUAGCAUUUGCAAUAAUCAACUAAUUCUGCUGAAUAACACUUAAUUUGUCAAAAUUUUUAUAAGGUCAUUUUUCUUUUAUUGGCGAAUUUCUUAAUUUUCUGUAUAUUUCCUUUGAUUUUAUUUUUAAGGAAAUUGACUUUAUUUUUUUCUCAUUGUAGUAACACAAGUACUACUAACAGUGUUCGGUUUUUAAUCUGCACUUAUUUAUGGUAUUAAGCAGUAUGAUGAUAGAAAUUCAUAAUUACAUAUCUUCACAAUAGGAGCACAUGCUGAAAAUGUACUGGUCCGUUUAUUGGAACAUGGGGCUUGUAAACACCAGAGUUGUUGUUUUUGAUUUUCACAAGGGGCACAUACUAUAUGUGUUAACGUUUCAGCUAAAAUUACCAUACAAGUCUUAACACAGAAAUGUCUUAAUCAUGGGAAUGCAGUAGGAUAGCACCUUGAAACAUAAGUUGUACUGGAGAAUGAAGCCUUGUUGGGAAUGCAGUUUAUUCAUUCAAAAGUGGAAUGUUAACUACUUUUUAAUGAUACUUUAAUAUCAAUCUCACCUAAAUGUGUGUACAGGAUCUUACACAAUCUCUGUUAGAAGAGGCACAUUUGACUAUUGAUACUAAUACACUCCGAUUAGCACAAUCAAGCACACUGCGAUUUCUUUGGAAGCUUGUAUGAGAAACGCAUGGAUUAGCUACACAUGCAUGGAACCAGCUUGAGUUACUACUACAAUUCCUAAUUUCACCGUCAAAUGUGUGUCCGUUUGCGUUUCGAAAACAAUGUGUGAAGGACAAUUCAGAUAACAUAUAUACAUGUUCUAUUUAUUUCAGUGAAUCAAUAAUUCUAACCAAUUUGUACUUCAUUACAAGGGGUCUUGAGUUUGAAUUAAGGACAAAUACUAAGUUAGCAACUGCUUACUUUUGUACACGCUCUUCCAUGUUUGUUAAGCCAAGUGUGCCUAUACGUAAGUGCUACCGACAACAGCAGUUCCUCCAAAGGGAGAGGGGUUUGCCUCUAAAUCAUGUUCUAUGCACAGUGUGAACAUUCAAGCGGAGGACCUUGGAAUUGUGAAAUGUAAAUGAUAUAGAUAUCAUGCACCAUUGUUUACAAAACGAAUACUGUGUGAAAGAAGUAGAGAAGGAUGUCAUAUUGUAUUUUUCUUUCUGAGGCUGAACGCGUGCUCUCAGCGUGGCCUGUACAUAUUGUAUGUUCAAUGCUCAAUUGUGGAGGUUUUUGUAGAUUGUAUUAUCGAUAUAAAGAGCAUUUCAUUCAUGUAAUGGUGAACUAUAAACGCAAAUACACAGCGGUACAUAUUCUGCUUUAAAGCUUUACUUUCUAACAAUUCUAAUACAUUUCAAAUAAAAAAAGAAAGAUGGGUCUGGGUGCUCUGCCAGUUGUAUUGUACUUCAAAAAAUAUUUCGGAGGGAUCUUUAUGAUGUCUUUGUUUACACACAUACUGGAUAUGCCAUCUGCUGGAGAGCCUUGCAUGUCACAGCUUGUCUGCCAGACAUGAGUAGCGUUCAGUUAUCUCACCUUUACCAGUCACGACAUCUCUGUUCCCAGUUAUGAUCAGUAGCAAUUCCCAGAUGUGACGUUUUUCCUCUGGAGUACAAGAAUACAUGUAAUCCCUUAAGCAUUUGUGAAUUCUGAGAUGUAGAUUUUGUUCAUUUCUCUAUUUCCUGUGGGACGGUGCAUAACCAGCAGUCUGAUAUCUAUUUAAACCUAUAGUGUUAGGACUUAGUUCGCGGCCCAUAAAUACUCUCUCACCUUAUUAUCGUGCCUCAAAGACAUUGAUUAGAUAGCUCUCACAGCCAUACCAUAGCUUUAUCUGUCAUGUAAAAGACUUACAGGAUGCACUAAAUGUUGUAAAAAUCCCUUAUGCAUAUGAUGAAUGUAUAAUUCAACUCAAGAGAAACAUAAUUUCUAUUUAAACAGUGGUAGAACAUUUAGUUAGUUUCCUGCCAACACUAUCAAUGCAGCAUUACGUUUCAAAAACAAAACGCUCUGUUCCAAGUGCUGAUCUUUGGUUGUGUUCACUUCACAUGAAAAACAUUAAGCUGUGCCUUCAGGACGUCUCACCCAGCAGGCAUAUGACUGCAGCAGCAGCAGUACUGUAAUCAGAACCCGUUGGGUUUGGAGCAGUUGCCCUCCAAUAACCAAGCACAACCCCUCUCCUCUUCCCCAGACACACACACGAGCGCACACACACAAACACACACACACUCUCUCUUUCUCUAACCAGGCCCUUCCUUUAGGAGAGUGGCGGGGGCAAUGGGGCUCCGGCUGGAAGUGUCUGCCGGACUAUUCCUCUCCGAGUUCCAAGCAUACAGCACAAGUCAGGGGUCAUCGGUGCGUAACGACCUUAAGACAGCGAGGGUCUGUGUGUUCUACAUGUCUCUCUUUAGUUUGCAAGACCAGGAGUGGGACCACGACUAUAAUGUUACACCCAUUCACUCCUCACACUGACUGACCAGUCCCUGUUACACAUGCCAAGCUUGGCCCUAUGACCGACCAGUCCCUGUUACACAUGCCAAGCUUGGCCCUAUGACCGACCAGGAGGUCAAGGAGAUUAGCUACAGAUGUUAUCUACAUGCUUGUGAUGACUGGAGGGAAGGGGCUUGGGUGUGGUGACCAUAAUGAGCAAAAUAGAGGCUCACUCAAAUUCUAUCACAUCACAACUGCCAGCUAAUAUAACUUACUAGUCUAACAAUCUGAUAGUGUCAUGAAUGUGUUUCAAAAUACAACAAAUGGUGCCAUUAUCAUGUUAUCAUUUAAUUUAAAGAUAUGUCAUGUGUAAGUGCGCUAUAAAGGGUUAGAGAAAGCCA